AUCGACUGGUGCGCUACCUAUCGGAGGGCAUUGCAAACAACAGCCUGAACUUUAGCCUACUCCGUGCGUGCACACAUUCAAGGAUUGAAUGAAUGAAUCGUGGAAAUCCAAAUAAGUCUGUUAUGACAUUGAUGACGAUGAUAACGGUCUAGUCGUGUGCCUGUUGCUGCACGACCCGGUGGGUAGAAGUUCUUAGACUAGGGAAGAGGAAGUGCAAGAUUGACCUACAACAUUCAGCUGAUCAGUACCCAGUUAGUGAACCGCAAGCCGCAAGCGUGAUUUUCAAAAAAUAAUUCUCCCCUUGUCUUAAAAAUGAAUCUCUGUCAUCGGUUAUCAUCUACUGUUAGACAAGUGGCGAAGUCCUCAAUCAAACGCGUUCCUGCUAUCUCAUCAGUGCCAAACAUGCUGCAAAAUAGAGGCUUGGCUGGAGAGUCGGAACCAGAAGUCCUUGGUCAGGAUGUUGGCAACAAAGGAGUUCUCAUUUUUAAUAGACCUAAAGCUCUAAAUUCUUUGAACUUGAAUAUGGUCCAGUUAACUAAUGACAUUUUGACAAGGUGGGAGAAAACUAAAACCUUCGUGAUUUCUAAAGGAAGUGGGGGCAAAGCAUACUGUGCCGGAGGUGAUGUUAAGGCAAUCACUACUAACAAAGACACUAGCUAUGGAAAGAACCUGUUUCGUACUGAGUAUUUGACAAAUUGUCUUAUUGCAACCUAUACAAUCCCAUACAUAGCUUUGAUAGAUGGUGUUGUCAUGGGUGGUGGUCUGGGUAUGUCUAUUCAUGGCCAUUAUCGUGUUGCAACUGAAAAGACCUUGAGUGCUAUGCCUGAAACUGCUAUAGGCUUAUUUCCUGAUGUUGGAGCCAGUUACUUUCUUUCUCGUUUAAAAGGUAAACUGGGAAUAUAUUUGGCUCUCACUGGAUAUAGGCUGAAGGGGCCUGAUAAUCUGUUUGUUGGAUUUGCUACUCACUAUUGCCCAAGUGCUGAGUUACCUAAACUUGAAAAGGAUCUUCUAGCAUCAGAUAACCCACGAGAAAUUCUUAAACCAUAUGAGAAGGCUCCUGAAGGCUCACAGUUUAGUUUAGAGCCCUUUGUAGAGAAAAUUGAUUAUAUCUUCUCAGCUCCUACAAUGGAAGCCAUUAUAGAAAGGCUGGAGAAAGAUGGAUCCGAAUGGGCAAAUACUACAUUAGCCACAUUAAGAAAGUUCUCACCUCUAUCACUUAAGGUAACAUUAAAAGAACUACAGCUUGGUUCUCAACUUAAUUUACAAGAAUGUUUUAAGAUGGAGUACCGUUUGGCAUGGAGAUCUACAGAGGGGCACGAUUUCAUUGAAGGUGUCAGAGCAUUGCUGGUCGACAAAGACCAGAAUCCGAAGUGGAAUCCCUCUACCCUUGAAGGGGUGUCUCAGAAGAUGGUUGAUGACUUUUUCGCUCCAUUGGACCCUGAAAAUGAGCUUAAACCUCGAAGUGGACCAAAGAGCUCACUGUAAAAAUAGAAAUUGUUAUGUUUGGAUACUUUGUAAUGUCUAAGUAUGAAAUAUUUUUGCCUUUUAAAUCUUUUCUAUUGUGCUAUGAGUCAUGAUUUUCUUUUUAAUACAUUUGUUAUGGAUCAAUCUGAA